AUGGUUGCCUUGGCGCCGGGUGCGGACAUUGUUCCCGCUACAUACCAUUCCGAGCUUGUCGAGAAUGGAAUGUCCAAUCACAAAGUCACUAUCGAGACUGUGGAGCUGAAGGUUAUGUCUCCCGAAUAUGACAGCGCCGAUCCGGUAGCUAUUACCUCAAACGGCGAUAGUACCAACCAACAUGAACAUAAGGUGCUCAACAGACCCGUCGCCUCUGAGACCUUGAAUGGCAUAUCUGCAAAUGAAGUGAUGGCUAUGGAGGUAUUGAAAAUCAUCGAAAGUUAUGGUGUUGACUUUGAGAAGUCGGGUAUUUCCUGGAAGGGAUUUGAGUCGUUCGUUCCAAUUGUCCUGAAGCAAAUCGCCAUACAAGAGCCAAUUCGCAUGAUCUUGCCCGCAUUUCCUUUCAAAUCACCUAAUGCGAGCAGUAAGGUUUUGGGCACUAUGCCCGAUUUUGGUGAAGAAUUGGCGUUGGCUCAUUUGAAUGGACUUUGCCAAAACAUCGCUGAAGUAUAUGCUCCUGGUGCCGAUGUCUAUAUCAGCUCGGACGGGCUUGUAUACAAUGAUAUCCUGGGGGUCCCCGAUGAAACCGUUUGGGACUAUGGAGAGACCCUGCGAAAAAUGGCUAUCGAGAAAGAGCUCCAUCAUGUCAAAUUCAUUCGUCUUUUCGAACUUCUCGAACACCCAUGGUUUCCAUCCUCAACUCCAGAGUCUGCAAAAGCAUUCUAUCUAGCUCACGCUAGUUGUCUCCGUCGAGAACUGAUGUACACGUUUGCCGACCCGAGCUUCGACGCGACGGAAGCUAUCAAAACUGACAAUGAUACAUGUCUGACAUAUCGCGGUUAUAUAAAAUUCCUCACCAAGGAUCUAGCUCAUCAGGAGGAAACCAAAUCUAUGUCAAAACGCGCUCGACAAGCACAGAUUUCUGAGACGGCACGACAUAUGAUCAUUCGGGGCAAAAUGUUUGCAGCGGCUAUCAAAGCCAACCGUAGAGACUACGUACGACUGUCAAUUCACGAGUCCGCGGGCGAGAAAAAGCUUUCUAUCUCGCUUAUUCCACAAAUUCGAGGCACGCUGGGGUAUACACCCUGGCACUCUUCUGUGGCUGUCGGACUGGAUGGUUCAUAUCGUACGGUCCAUGCUGAAGAUGUACGCGACACGCACGACCUCGUCUAUAAGAACGGACAACCAUAUUUCUUCCGUGAAAGAUCAAGUAUCUUUGACUGGACCGAGAACGGCUUAUCUGUGAAAUUUGAGCAUCUCUAUCCCUGCGGACUGAUCAUCCGUCCGGCGGAUAUUGAUAAUGUCAAUCCACCGCCGUCAAUCCGCUCAAUCCCCAUGAAAAAGAUCCGCCAGCUGUCGAACGGUAUGUCACCAAUUGUUCUACGUGGAUUUUCUGAGACUCUAGAGGAAGAUCUCUAUGUUAAGAAGGGAGAAGAGCUGGGCACUAUUCUCCCGUGGAGCUUCGGCAUAAUCCAAAAGGUACGGGACAACGGCCGGUCUGACAAGAUGGGCAACAACGUGACGUCGAAUGAGGCCAUGCCGAUGCAUUUCGAUGGGAUGUUCAAGUUCGACGAGAUCACCGACCCAGAAACGGGCGAGAAGAAGAAAGUCCAACAUCCACCGGGUUAUCAGUUCUUCACUUGUCCUGCCACUGCGCCAAAGGGAAACGGGUACACCCUGUUUGCGAGCUCACGACUGUUUUUCCGGUACCUUCCUCUUCCGUGGUCUGCUGAGCGUCUUGAAAAGAUUACCUGGGCUAUGGAUAACGAUGGAUUCUGGGAUGCCAAACUGAAGAACCUGCCCUUAAUCGUGAAACAUCCCGUCUCUGAACUGCCAUGUCUACGUUGGCAUCAGCCUUGGGACGCAACCAAGACCAAAUUCUCGACCUGUGAUGUUUCAAUCGAGAACGAUGAUAAUAGUCUGGUUAAGGUUGUGGAUCGCAUCACGUAUGACUAUAGAGUUUGUCUUCGCUUUGGUUGGGAGAAGGGUGAUCUGUUGAUCAGUGAUAAUACUGCCAUGCUGCAUACUCGCACUGGGUAUAUCCCUAACUGUGAUCGGGAACUAUGGCGAAUUCACUGUGACUGA